AUGUGGAGGGAGGGAGGGACUGCUCCCCGCUGCCCCCACCUCUCACUGCCCCCCUCUGCUCCCCGCUGCCCCCACCUCUCACUGCCCCCCGCUGCCCCCCACUGCCCCCACCUCUCACUGCCCCCCGCUGCCCCCCCCUCUCACUGCCCCCACCUCUCACUGCCCCCCGCUGCCCCCCCUCUCACUGCCCCCACCUCUCACUGCCCCCCUCUGCUCCCCGCUGCCCCCACCUCUCACUGCCCCCCUCUGCCCCCCGCUGCCCUCCUCUGCCCCCACCUCUCACUGCCCACUCUGCCCCCCGCUGCCCCCCACUGCCCCCACCUCUCACUGCCCCCCUCUGCUCCCCGCUGCCCCCACCUCUCACUGCCCCCCUCUGCCCCCCGCUGCCCCCCGCUGCCCCCCACCUCUCACUGCCCCCACCUCUCACUGCCCACUCUGCCCCCCACUGCCCCCCACCUCUCACUGCCCCCCGCUGCCCCCCCCUCUCACUGCCCCCCCUCUCACUGCCCCCACCUCUCACUGCCCCUCGCUGCCCCCCCUCUCACUGCCCCCACCUCUCACUGCCCCCCACUGCCCCCACCUCUCACUGCCCCCCGCUGCCCCCACCUCUCACUGCCCCCCGCUGCCCCCACCUCUCACUGCCCCCCGCUGCCCCCCACUGCCCCCACCUCUCACUGCCCCCCUUUGCCACCCCGCUGCCCCCACCUCUCACUGCCCCCCACUGCCCCCACCUCUCACUGCAACCUGCUGCCCCCACCUCUCACUGCCCCCCGCUGCCCCCCACUGCCCCCACCUCUCACUGCCCCCCUUUGCCGCCCCACUGCCCCCACCUCUCACUGCCCCCCGCUGCCCCCACCUCUCACUGCCCCCCGCUGCCCCCACCUCUCACUGCCCCCCGCUGCCCCCCACUGCCCCCACCUCUCACUGCCCCCCUUUGCCGCCCCGCUGCCCCCACCUCUCACUGCCCCCCACUGCCCCCACCUCUCACUGCCCCCUGCUGCCCCCACCUCUCACUGCCCCCCGCUGCCCCCCACUGCCCCCACCUCUCACUGCCCCCCUCUGCCCCCACCUCUCACUGCCCCCUGCUGCCCCCACCUCUCACUGCCCCCCGCUGCCCCCCACUGCCCCCACCUCUCACUGCCCCCUUUGCCGCCCCACUGCCCCCACCUCUCACUGCCCCCCUCUGCCUCCCACUGCCCCCACCUCUCACUGCCCCCCUCUGCCCCCCGCUGCCCCCCGCUGCCCCCAACUGCCCCCCACUGCCCCCACCUCUCACUGCCCCCCUCUGCCCCCCGCUGCCCCCACCUCUCACUGCCCCCACCUCUCACUGCCCCCCACUUCCCCCACCUCUCACUGCCCCCUCUGCCCCCCCACUGCCCCCCACCUCUCACUGCCCCCCCGCUGCCCCCCCUCUCACUGCCCCCACCUCUCACUGCCCCCCACUGCCCCCACCUCUCACUGCCCCCCUCUGCCCCCCACUGCCCCCACCUCUCACUGCCCCCCUCUGCCCCCCACUGCCCCCACCUCUCACUGCCCCCCGCUGCCCCCCACUGCCCCCACCUCUCACUGCCCCCCUUUGCCGCCCCACUGCCCCCACCUCUCACUGCCCCCCUCUGCCUCCCACUGCCCCCACCUCUCACUGCCCCCCGCUGCCCCCCGCUGCCCCCCUCUGCUCCCCGCUGCCCCCUGCUGCCCCCCUCUGCUCCCCGCUGCCCCCCGCUGCCCCCCUCUGCUCCCCGCUGCCCCCUGCUGUCCCCCACUGCCCCGUUACCCCCACUGCCCCCCGUAGCCCCCCUGCCAUUCCAUAUCCAGUCCACCAAACCCUGUAUGGCCUCUUGUACGGUUAGUGUUAGUGGAAGCCCAGAUAGCACAUUUGAAUCCUUCGAAGUUCUUGGAACGUACAUCUUUGGUUUCACAUUGGUUGUGGGAUCGAAGCCAUACAUUUCCUGA